AUGGAUCCGUCGCUUCGUUCGCACUAUCUUGCAGACAAUCCUCCCACCGUCGUCAGAUUGGAGAUCGCCCCCCACUUCGCUGCUCUGUCGCCCAAACAGAAGCGGUAUGCUCAUCAUCUGAGUCGUGCUUCUUUCCACGGCACUCGAGUAACGCUUGCACAAGUGUCCCCGGAAUCCCCCGCCAUCUACGAUCUCAUACUUGCCCUGCAUCGCGCUUGCACUGGCGAUUACAAGAAACUCUCUACCGAUACCUCGGUCUCGUCCUCCGACAUCACGCUAUGGCUCGAGUAUGCCGCCCAAUUCUUAGGAAAUUUAGGCAAUUACAAGGGAUUUGGGGACUCUAAAUUCAUACCGAGAAUUUCACCCGAAGACCUGAAGAAGCUCUGUGACGUUAACGAUGAGUGCAAAAGUCUCCAUGAAAAAGCCACAAAGACGGGAGGAGGGAUAUAUGAGACCAAGAAUGCUGCUCUUAUGCACCUCGGAUAUCCAGAAGCGGGCCAUAUGACAGCAUAUUACCCGAAUUCACCAACCGUAACAAAAGAGGAAAUUUCUAUUGUGGGGGAUGUGCUCGAAGAGAAGAAACUGCUGAUAGAGAACACCAGACUGCGGAAGCUGGAUUCUGGGGAUUUCGAGUUGCUCAUUGCGUCUGGGGUCUCAAACCCGCCUGCGUCGGAGCGUGAUCUUGGUGACGUCUCAUCAAUUGACUUGACAGGGAAGCUUGCUGACAAAAAGUUACAUCUUCGUUUCGGCGAUUAUCAAGAAGAGAUGGCCAAGAUCGCCCUCGAAAUCAAGAAAGCAAGAAAAGAUGCUGCCAAUGAGGUUGAGGAAAAGAUGCUUGACGAGUAUGCCAGGUCGUUUGGAACUGGCAGCAUUCAAGGAUUUGUGGAAUCGCAGCGUUACUGGAUCAAAAACAAAAAGCCCAUGGUUGAGACUGACAUAGGAUUCGUCGAGACUUAUCGGGACCCUCAAGGCGUUCGUGGUGAAUGGGAAGGUUUCGUUGCUAUGGUGAACCAAGAAAGGACACGUGCUUUUGGCAAACUUGUCGACGCAGCACCAAGCAUGAUUCCGAAGCUACCGUGGAGCAAGGAAUUCGAGAAAGACAAGUUCUUGAGCCCGGAUUUUACUUCUUUGGAGGUCCUGACCUUCGCUGGUAGCGGCAUACCGGCAGGCAUCAACAUUCCGAACUAUGAUUUCAUCAGGCAGAACGAGGGUUUCAAGAAUGUGAGCCUUGGAAACGUCCUUAGCGCCAAAGCUCCCAAUGAGCCGAUCCAGUUCAUUCGGAAAGAAGAUGACCAGCUCUUCCGUAAGUACCGUGACCCUGCUUUUGAAAUCCAGGUCGGCAUUCACGAGCUUCUGGGUCACGGUUGCGGCAAGUUACUCCAGGAAACGGCUCCUGGCGAGUACAACUUCGACAUCAAGCAUCCACCCAUGAGCCCCAUCACGAAGAAGCCAAUCCUCUCAUACUACAAGCCCGGUCAAACCUGGUCCAGCGUCUUUGGUUCAAUUGCUUCGUCGUACGAAGAGUGCCGCGCCGAAUGCGUUGCCAUGGCUCUCUCCUGCGACUUUGGGAUUCUCGAAAUAUUUGGAUUCGGUGACGGCAAGGAAGACAUCAGCAAUGAAGCUGGAGACGUCCUGUACGCGGCGUAUCUCCAAAUGGCACGUGCCGGAGUGGCGGCAUUAGAAUUUUGGGACCCAAAGUCUCGGAAAUGGGGCCAAGCCCACAUGCAAGCUCGCUUCUCCAUCCUCCGCACGUUCAUGGAUGGCGGCGAAAAUUUCUGCGAGCUCAAAUCUCCGAACGCUGACAUAAAGAACCCGGACGACCUCGAAAUCCAUCUUGAUCGGAACAAAAUCCUUUCUCACGGACGACCUGCAGUCGAAGCCUAUUUACAGAAACUACACAUCUACAAGUCAACCGCUGAUUUUGAAGCUGGAAAGAAGCUGUAUGACGACAUCACCAAUGUGGACGAAUGGUGGGCAGAGAAAGCGAGGCCUAUCGUGCUGAAAAAGAAAAUACCCCGCAAAGUGUUUGUGCAGGCCAACACUGUGCUGGAUGAAAACAGUGGGGACGUGAAGCUGGUAGAAUACGAACCUACGAUAGAGGGGAUGAUUCAGAGUUACGUCGAACGGAAUGUCUAA